AUGCAGUUCACCAUCUCCGCCGCCGCCUUCCUGGCUUUCGCUGCCAAGGCUUUCGCCCAGACCGCCGACUUCGACCCCAUCUUCAAGCCCGAGGCUUGGCAGUCCGUUGCCGCCGGCCAGAGCUUCCAGAUCACCUGGGAUGCUCCCGCCAAGUACGCCGGCCAGCUCGUCACCAUCUCCCUGAUCGGUGGUGACUCCCAGAACACCCAGGUCCCCAUCAAGGACAUUGCCACUGGUGUCUCCAACGACGCUGAGGCUUACAGCUGGGCUGUUGAUGCUUCCCUCGGUGACAAGAACGUCUACGGUCUCGUCAUCAAGCUGGAGAGCAACCCCGAGGUCUUCCAGUACUCCAACCCCUUCAAGAUUGCUGGCUCCGACAAGCCCGCUUCCACCAAGGCUGCCGAGCCCACCUACGAGGCCCCUACCUACGGCGAUGAUGGCACCGCUACCCUCACCGCCCACUACGGUUCCAAGACUGUCUCCGUCUCUCAGGUCUACAGCGCUCCCGGUGCCCACACCACUGUCGUCGCCGUUGAGAAGACCCUGACCGUCCCUUGCAACACCACCGAGCCUGCCACCACCUUCGUCCCUGUUGUCAAGACCGCCUCUGUCCCCUGCAACGGUACUGCCACUGCCACCGGCCCUGCUGCUCCUCCCAUCUACACCCACCCUUCCAACCCCCCUGCUCAGAGCAACCCCGUUGUUCCCGUCUACCCCUCCCAGCCUGCUCCCCCUGCUGCUGGCACCCCCACCCCCGUUCCCGUCUCCGGUGCUGCCCGCUUCGGCGCUCCCGUCGCCGUUGUCGCCGGUCUCGUCAUGGCCGCUUUCGCUCUGUAAGCGAAGCAAAACCGCGUCCCAGUAUCAUAUUUUGGUAUCUACGUGGUGUCAUGACGGCAUGACUGCAUUUAGAGGGUUUCUUGUUACUUCUGGUAUGGAGCAGUCUGGGUAUCAGGCCUUUUUUGCGCACAUACGUUGAUUUGGUAAUUCCCGAGCUUGGAAGGUAUUCUGGAUUGUUAAUGUAUUUGAGGAAAAAACUUUUUAAAACCCACUUGGGUUAUUUGUCUUGAUCAAGCCCUUUCUGAUGUAGCUGCCGCGUGUUUCCUUGCUGCUACGUCUAAUAGACAUAUAACCCAGCUUUGUGUGUAUUAUCUAGUGGUAAUGUCCUAAUGAACUGUCUGUUAUUAAAUACCACGUGCCAAAUAACAAGACGUCUGUCUGUAGUAGCUUGUCGUAGACGGUUGUUGAAACUAGAUAUCCAUGAAACAAUAGCCCAUAAACACAUUGUCUCUGCGUU